UAGUAGCUUGGCUCCUAGGAUUUACACUGAGGCGUAAAGCUGUGCUUCGCGGUGACAGAUGACACUCACGUUAUUGAUUAUAAUCACUGCUCAGAUUUAUUUUCUCAGUGGUGAUGUCCAGUUUAUAAAAUAAACAUCCCGCCAUCGGACAAUGGAAUUGUAGUCACUACACCACACAAUACCCACGCAGCGUAAACCGAAAAUGAUACCUUCUUUUCCUAAAAGAUAAGCGAAAUUCACAAAUUUUGGGUGGGAAUAGCUUAAACGUUCCGGAGGCAAUGGUAUUAUGAGAAUUUCUAAUACGUUUUACUGCAUGUAUAUCACAGUUUCUUUAGUACAAACAAAUGGACGUUUUCGCCAUCGGUCGCGAGAACGGAAAAAACGGGGUUUCGACCUCCCACGAAAAAAAACUGGUUAGUUCAUUAAAAUUCCAUCUGCUUAUGUGAAUCCAAGCAGACGCCAGUUGAAUUUUUACAAACAAAAUGUCGAAACUGACGCAGACAAACGAUCUUCACUUCCCCAUUGCUUUUCGAACCGGGAAAAGCGAUCCAGCCUUAAACACUCGCCUUCGCUGUUAUGCAAGCAGCACGACCGACUCCACUCCAUAUUUUGUCGCAAGCAAAGUUUUGCACCGAAACCCGCCGCAGGCUCGCGGAUGCGUUCGCCCGAAUCAUUUGCCGCCUCGACGCGAAAAUCGAUAGAAUAAAACCUCGACAUUUUAAAGAAGAGGAAAUUAAACGAAUCGCUUGUCCUAAGUCCACAUUUGCCGGACGAGCCGGGUGUGCAUCAGGAACCGGCGCUGCGAUAAGAGAGAGGGAGGGAGAGACAGGAAGCCGAGGGUAACGCGGACAAAGAGCACAAGCUCCCGGCGAGCCGCGGUCUCCAUUUUAACUACUCGCAUAUAUCUCACGUGUCCAGGACUGUCUUUCUCACAUGACCCGUGUGUUUGUCCCCGUGAUCAGCACUUCCAUCUCCAUCUAUUACUGUCCCUGAAUAUAUCACUUUGAAUUUCAGACCUCAUGGAUAUGCUCGAUCAGACUUUGGACACAGUACCGAGUCACGAGAACCAAGAAAGCGAGGAGGUUGUACAACUACAGGAAGAAGAAAGUCUAGGUGGGGAGGAGCAAGAUUCCGUUACCAUAGAGACUGUGCAGCAGGGAGCUGUUACCAUAGAAACGGUCCAGCAGGCUGCCGCGUUUUCGGAUCAUAAUGUCCAGUAUCAGUUCCGCACAGAGAACAGCGGCGGACAGGUGACGUAUCGAGUUGUCCAGGUAACAAACGAGCAGUUAGAAGCCGGAGGGGAGGGAGGUGGGACAAUCAGUGUGGUCUCCGCGGCUGCUUUUCCUGGAAACCCUCAGGCAGCCGCCCAGGCCGUGGCCCAGAACACCUUCAGUAACGGCGGCAGUCCCGCUGCGGAGUCAGGGGGCGAGACUCGCUUUACCUACUUCCCUGCAGCAGCCGUGAGUGACGGGACAGCUCUCUCUAUACAGACGGACCAGGCGGCCACACAGGCAGGAAGUCAGUUCUAUGUCAUGAUGACUCCGUCCGACGUCUUGCAGUCUAACACGCCGCGUACCAUCGCACCGCGCACGCAUCCCUACUCCACAAAGUUGGAGGGGCCCCGAGCUCCCAGAGAUGAAAGGAGGAGAGCACAGCACAAUGAAGUGGAGAGGCGGAGACGGGAUAAGAUCAACAACUGGAUAGUUACGCUGUCCAAGAUCAUCCCUGACUGCAACGUGGACAACAGCAAGACUGGAGCGAGUAAGGGUGGCAUUCUCUCGAAAGCCUGUGAUUACAUCCGGGAGCUGCGGCAGGACCAUCAGCAGCUACAGGAGGGCUGUAAGGAGGUGGAACGGCUACAGGUGGAGAAUGAGGUGCUCCGGCAACAGAUCGAGGAGCUGAAGAACGAAAACGCCCUCCUGCGAGCUCAGCUACAACAGCACAGGAUCGACGGCGUCGGCGACAUGGCCGCCCACUGAACGGGGCGUUGCCUCGCGCUGAGACACGCGCCCCCUGCUGGACGACUAAGAGGACGUCGCUGCUGAGAAAGGGGACGCUCAUGCAUUUCUUCACGUCCUUGGGCCCGUUUGCAGGACAGAGGCGUGGGAGGCGGCGAGCGCGGCACCCCCUCGGCCGUGACCCCCUCUUUCACUCUGAGGAGCGGGCAGCGGCCAACCAGUCGUUAACCAUGGGUAUGUUCACCCAUCUAUGAACUAUGAGGGUUUUUUGUAUAAUUGUCUUCGUUUAUUAUAACAAUGCUUUUUUUUUUUUUUUUUGGUAUUUUUCAUCCUAUGACUAUUAAUGUAAUUGUUGCUAAUAUCAUUUUUUUUUCUUUUUUUGUUCGUUUGUUUUUAAUUUAUUGGUGUCGCGGGGUGAGAUGAAAGGCUCGUGAUAGGAAAUAGCUUGCAAGUCAUUUAAUAAUCACUGGGCUGUACAGUUUGUGCACAAUUAUGAACCAAUGGCCCCGAACAAUAUCUGGCAUAUUCGCUAUAAAAUGCUGAGGCCUGAAUAUUUGUUUUCAGUUUAUUAUAAACCACUGGGGUCUAGUCUGCUUUUGGCCUGAUUUUGGCCUGGGCUGGUCAAUCGCUGGCCUUGCCUGCCUCUUGUUUCACAUGCUUUUGGCCUGGCCUGGCCUGGCCUGGCCUGCCUCCCUGUUUGGCAAACUUUUGCCCUGCUCAGCUUCUGGUCUGGACUGUUAGUCUUCUACUCUGCUCAGCAUUUGCAAAAUAAUGUGUUAGCACUUCAGAGCUAAUAAAUCUUUAGUGAAAUUUA